AUGACGCAGGCGUUGGAAGGUGCCUGUUGGCGCAAUGACUCAUUCAACACAGGAUUCAGUAAACACCAGACUCUUGGAAUACCGGAGAAGCUACGGAAAGUGUACCGCGAUAAGCUGGGAAAGAGAAACAUGAAGCAGUUUUGCAGCCAUCGGCGACUCCUGAGGUGCGCCAUCUAUGAGCGAGGUCGUGAACUGGUCGGCCACAACGUCUCUAGUCUUGGUCAACUCAGUGGCGGGACGUCGCUCGGCACAGCCGUCAGUACGUCGUCGUUCUCGUCGGCGCCGCGUCUCUCGCACACGCCCAGCAACGACUUCCAGCCGCCCUACUUCCCGCCGCCCGCCGGCCACGCCCUUCCGCAGCAGCCUAUCGACAUCUACCAGCCGCACCCCAUCAAUGCCGAGUCGUACGGCUUCGGGAGCUUGCACCCGGCGCAGCAGCACUACUCGGGCCUGCAGCAGACGACGCGUGGCUUCAGCUCACGCGACGAUGACGCGCCGCUGUUUCGCAGCGUGCCGACGCUGUCCGGAAAUCCGUACGACACGCGUCAUCCGUACGACGUGCGACGGCCGGACAUCCUCAUGCAGACGGGAACGAUGUCGAUACCGACGCGGACGUCCGACAUGCAUUCGAGCAACAUGCCCGCGUUCGAAGAGACAGAG